AUGAGUUUUUAUGAUGAAAUCGAAAUUGAAGAUUUCACAUUUGAUACAGAGCUUCAGAUUUACCAUUACCCGUGUCCAUGUGGCGAUCGGUUUGAAAUAUCACUUAAUGAUUUAAGGAAAGGAGACGAGAUUGCAUAUUGUCCAAGCUGCUCUUUAAUGGUCCGUGUAAUUUAUGAUCAGGAUAAAUUUCUUGAAAAUGAUGAUGAAAUUUCCCUCCAAUCAGCACCUUUUAUUGUUGUUUGA